CGCCCACGUCCCCCACACCGCCCGCCAUGGCCUCCGCGAUUUUCUACCGCCAGUACGCAGGGGAGGAGGAUCUACCCCAUAUCAUGGCCCUUGUGCAGAGCGAGCUGAGCGAGCCGUAUGUGAUCUACACCUUCCGCUACUUCCUGCAUCAAUGGCCGCACCUCGCCUUCCUCGCAUACCCCGCGGCUGAUGCGAGCGUGCCGGUCGGUGUGAUCGUGUGCAAGCAGUCGAUGCACAAGAUGAAUAACCGCGGCUAUAUCGCGAUGCUCAGCGUGGACAAGCAGUUUAGGAAACGGGGGAUAGCAAGUACUCUCGUGCGAAACUCGAUCUCUGCUAUGAAGAAGGAUGGCGUUGAGGAGGUCGUCCUCGAGACAGAAUACGACAACACGGCGGCGCUCUCCCUCUACGAAUCCCUCGGCUUCAUCCGCGAGAAGCGUCUCUACCGCUUCUAUCUCAACGGCAAGGACGCCUUCCGCCUCGUGCAUAUCGUGCCCGCGGGGCGUGUCAAGGGACCAGGCGGCGGCGUGGGGAUGGCGAUACCGGGCUCGCGAUCAGAGGAUUCUUCCGACACAGCGUCAGAUUCGUCCUACGAGGCCGACCGAGCACGCGGCCGACGCAUAGGCUAUCCGUACCGCGCCAUACGCGUGUCGGAGCCGUACGACUCGGAGGACGAGGCGUCGUAUCGGUGAAAGGUGGCGCAUAUAUGAGCUCCCUAACACCAUGGUUCUACCUAUUCGCUCGCGCCGCUAGCCAGCGAAGUCGCGCACCCCUGCUCCCGAUACCACUUUCACGUCCACAUUCCUGGUCCUUCACCCUACCCGUUGUUUGGACCUUGGUCGUCUUUUGCUCUUUUGGUCGCCAUAACUCACCUCUCCGUCCUUCUCCUCUAAUCAACGUCAUACCUCUCACCGUACCUCACCUCGCCGCUUCCUUCUUCCCUCCUACAUCUCCUGUCUGUCGUCCCACCUCCCGGAUCCCGGCACUCUACGCACUGUAGUAUCUAAUGGCUUUCUGUGUUGUACUAUUACUUACGGGCUGUCUCUGUGGUCAUACCAGGCUGCUUAUGUGGUUGUAUCAGGCUGCUUAUGUGGUCAUACUAGGCUACUUAUGAAGUGGCUGGUAUCCCUUU